AUUUUAUUUAAGUAGUGUGAUAACCACGUUAGAAACACCCUCACCUCUUGUUCAUUUAUUUGUGUAUUGACACUUAUCACAGCACGAGGUUGCUACUGCGAUGUGUUUCACAAUAUCUGUUCUGUUUCUGCUUAUGACUGCUGAUGUUGGUGUUCAGGAGAAUUUGCGACUGAAUUACAAUCCUUCAUAUGUUUGUGCAUUAAGAGGCUCAACAGUGAGAAUGUCCUGUAUUUAUCCUCCUGAUCAACAGGUCACACCAAAAUUCUGGACCAACGCAACACAUCCGUCUUAUUCAGUGUCACCAAACCUGUGUUCUGACACAUAUUACAGAGAAAAUGUUCAGUGUCACAGUGAGAAUACAGAGACUUACAGCAUCACUUUAACACAUGUGACAGAAGCUGAUAAAGGCGUCUACUUCUGCAUAGUUACAAGAGGAGUAUAUGGUGGAGAAUUAACAGGGACUCCUGGAGUUCAGCUUAAUGUCACAGACCUCCAGGUGGAGACACAACAGAGAGUGAAAGAGGGAGAUUCAGUCACUCUUACAUGUAAAACCACCUGCAGACUGACUGAAGAAACAACAUUCAUCUGGUACAGAAACACACAGACAUUAACUGAACACACAGUGAAUGAGUUUCAUCUGCAGUCAGUCAGUCGUCAUGAUUCAGGACUCUAUAGAUGUGCUCUAAGAGGAUCUGAACAUCUGUCCUCUCCUGGUGUUCAUCUCAAUGUAGAAUAUGUUGGUGGUCAGCGAGAUUGGGAAGUGAAUUACAAUCCUUCAUAUGUUUGUGCAUUAAGAGGCUCAACAGUGAGAAUGUCCUGUGAUUAUCCUCCUGGUUAUUGGAUCACACCAUCAUACUGGACCAAAACAACACAUCAACCUGUUUCAGUGUCACCAAACCUGUGUUCUUACAUAUAUUACAGAGAAAAUGUUCAGUGUCACACUAACAGCAUCACUUUAACACAUGUGACAGAAGCUGAUAAAGGCGUUUACUACUGCAUAUUUACAGCAAGUGGAUACAUUGGAGAAUGGAGAGGGACUCCUGGAGUUCAGCUUGAUGUCACAGACCUCCAGGUGGAGACACAACAGAGAGUGAAAGAGGGAGAUUCAGUCACUCUUACAUGUAAAACCACCUGCAGACUGACUGAAGAAACAACAUUCAUCUGGUACAGAAACACACAGACAUUAACUGAACACACAGUGAAUGAGUUUCAUCUGCAGUCAGUCAGUCGUCAUGAUUCAGGAGUCUAUAGAUGUGCUAUAAGAGGAUCUGAACCUUUUGCGUAUUCUGAUGUUUAUCUCAGUGUUGAAUAUCCUCCAGAGAAAACCUCAGUGUCCAUCAGUUCUUCUGGUGUAAUAGUGGAGGGUGAUUCAGUGAAUCUGACCUGCAGCAGUGAGUCAAAUCCACCUGUUCACACCUACAGCUGGUUUAAAGGAGGAAAAUUUGUAGGAUCUGGAAACAUCUACAGAAUCUCAAACAUCAGAUCGGAUGACAGUGGAGAAUACACGUGCUGGUCCAAAUAUAUACAUGGAGGGAAAUAUUCAGAAGCUGUGAUGCUGAAUGUGAUGUUUGCACCAAGAAAUGUUGUGGCAUCCAUCAGUUCUUCUGGUGUAAUAGUGGAGGGUGAUUCAGUGACUCUGACCUGCAGCAGUGAAUCAAAUCCACCUGUUCACAUCUACAGCUGGUUUAAAGGAGGAAAACUUGUAGGAUCUGGAAACAUCUACAGAAUCUCAAGCAUCAGAUCAGAUCACAGUGGAGAAUACAAGUGCAAGACCAGAAAUAAACAUGGAGAGAAAUAUUCAGAAGCUGUGAAGAUGGAUGUGAUUUAUGCACCAAGACAUGUCAAAGUGUCCAUCAGUUCUUCUGGUGUAAUAGUGGAGGGUGAUUCAGUGAAUCUGACCUGCAGCAGUGAAUCAAAUCCACCUGUUCACAUCUACAGCUGGUUUAAAGAGAAUCAAACAUCAUCUGUUGGAUCUGGACAGACGUUCAGCAUCACUAACAUUAAUUCUAGUCUCAGUGGAUGGUUUUACUGUGUGGCUCAGAAUAAACAUGGAUCUCAGAGAUCAGCUGCUGUAUCACUCACUGUAACAGGAGUUCAGGGUUCUGCUCUGUACACAGUUUCUGGUAUUGUGGCAGGAUGUGGAGGAUUGUUCUUCAUCAUCAUCAUCUUCAUCAUCCUGUUUAUUAAGAAGAGGAGGACUGAUAGUAGAGCAGAACACAUGAAUCAAACACAGACGGCUGACUGGAGUGAUAAUACAUACACAGCUCUGAAUCCUGCGUCCAGAACAUCUGCAGACAUUUACAACACAAUCAGAUCGGAUCAGUGCAGGGCUGCUGAUGGCGUCUACACGACUCUUGAGCUUCAGUCCAGAUCUUCUGAAUAUGAUACAAUAGCAGUAAACACACAUUAAACUCUCUCUCGCUCUAACAGUGAGAGCUCUGUUCUGAUUGCUAUUGUUAUUUGUUAUUAUUCGUUACUAAUAGUUAACAUGCAAUGAACAUACUUUAUAAUUGUCAUGUUAAGAUUUUUAUUCAUCUGACUUGUUAACAUUUGAUGUAUAAUUUAAGUAAUUUAAUAAAGCUUUUUUCUUUUGAA